CCUGUAUUGUCGUCCGACUUCGAACAUUAGCAUACGGCGCCUUUCUUAGUUGCGCUAUGCGCGACCUGUCUUCGACGCGUUCACACCCCACGUGUGUCCCUAGUUCCUUACAUCCUUGCUCCUCUUGACCAUAACGGGAUACAUCGCCAGUAGUCAUCUCCGAGGAUCUUCCACAACAACACUCAGCACAGCUAUAAAGAUGGCAAGACGCGGUCGGUGCAGACGAGUACUUCUUCGAGCGAUAGAGGGCCGCAAACCGUGUUGGACUUCAUGGCGCGCUUCAUCAAGCUUCUAAUCGCUGCACUGGGCGUGUCAGGCGCUGCAGCAGACUUUAAUGUCCUUCGGCAUCUUGGAGGAAACGGCCAAUGGUUUCCAGGUCCAGAAGUAACCGGUAUCUCCUCCGAGGUACCCUCAGGCUGCACCGUUGAGCAAGCAGCGUUCUUUUCUCGCCAUGGAAGCCGCUACCCGGAUACCGGAGCGUACGCCGAGUGGACCAACCUCUCUUCCCGUAUCCACGCAGCUCAGUUCAGUGUGCGCGAUUCGACGCUCGCCUUCCUAUCCUCCUGGACGCCUGCCUUGAAGUACCCAGAACAACAGAUCGCACAAGUCUCAACCACCGGCUACAAAGAGCUCUACGACAUGGGCGCCACCUACCGUCUACGGUACUCUGAUCUUUACGCGUACAGCACUGACUUCACGAUGUGGUCCAACUACUACUCCUCUAGCCCGCGUGUCCGAGACAGCGCGCGACUCUUCGCACGAGGCUUUUUGGGUCCGAACGCGACCGAGCUUGGCUCCAUCUACGCCCUCAACUCCAGCGAUCCGCGCUCGUUCAUGAACUCCCUCGCGCCUUCUGACCUCUGUCCGGCGUACAAGGACAGCGGCGGGAGCCCGUCCAUCGACACGUGGAACAACAUCUACCUUCCGCCGAUCCAGAAGCGCCUGAACAAACUAAUAAAAGGCGGCUUCCAAUUCACCCAGUCCGACGUAUCCAUAAUUCCGUACCUCUGCGGCUUCGAGACGCAGAUCACCGGCGCCCUCUCGCCCUGGUGUUCCGUCUUCACCGAGGACGAAAUCCUGCAGUACGAAUACGCGCAGGACCUGCGCUACUGGUACGGUACUGGCCUUGGCACGGAUAUCGAGAAGUACAUGAUGCUGCCGGUGCUGGAUGGCCUUGUUCACCGCUUCGUGGACGGACCGAACGCGACGUAUGCGAACUCCGAUGGCUCGACGUUUACGCCUCCGAAGCUUAUUGCUGCUUUCUCGAAUGAUGGGCAGAUCAAUCAGCUGGUUGCGGCGAUUGGCGUGUUCGAUAACGAGCCUCAGCUCCCCGCGAAUAGGAUUAUGAAGGAUAGGCUGUUUAGGGCGAGCAGGAUCGUGCCCAUGCGAGGAACCGUGGGGUUCGAGCGGCUUUCUUGCUCUAGCGGACGACAUGGGACGAGCGCCUACGUGCGAAUCCGGCUCAACGAUGUCGUGUAUCCCGUCGCCAACUGCCAAAGUGGACCUGGAAAGUUGUGCCCGCUGAGUCAGUAUCAAUCGCUGGUCAAGAAGAAGCUAAAGCAGGCUGGAGAUUUCUAUCAGAUCUGCAAUGUCACGAAUCCUGCGAUUCCGACAGGCCAGAAUAGCACGACGUUCCUCACGGAUGUUACGCUACCAUUUGCCACGGUGGUUAAGCCAUAACUUUCGAACCUUUACACCCUUUAGAUAGUUUUCAAAAUCAGUCUUCUUCACAUGUCAGCACUCCUUCCCCCUUAUUGACAUCUUUAUCCCCCCACUUCGACCCGACGCUGUAUCGGCCCUUCUCUCUCCUUUCAGAUACCAGUGCCUCGUCCUCCCACUCUCCGCCCAACACGAGACUUUGCGCAAUACCAG